AUGACCUCAAUCACUCAGUUUCAACUUUGUCUUAAUCAUUUUUGUGCAGCUUCAGGCUUGAAAGCCAACCAAGAAAAGAGUUCAAUCUUCUUUGGAAGUGUUACUCAGUUGACUAGUGAAGAGAUAGUAGAAAAAUUUGGUUACUCUAGAGGUAUAUUGCCAGUUAAGUACCUAGGAGUUCCAUUAACCACCAAAAAGAUGUCCAUAGCCCAAUGGCAACCACUUAUUGAGAAGAUGGUGACAAGAAUUUCUUCAUGGACAGCAAAAAAGCUCUCAUAUGCUGGAAGAAUUCAAUUAGUGCAAUCUGUCUUAUUUGGUAUUCAGGCUUAUUGGUCUCAACUGUUUCUGAUUCCUAGCAAGGUCUUGAAGACUAUUGAAGCAUACUGCAGAAGCUAUGUGUGGUCAGGAGUCAAUGUCAUUACAAGAAGAUCUCUGGCUUCCUGGGUAGUUAGAAAGAUGGUGGAGGCAAGAAGCUCAGUAGAAACAAUUCUUAUUCAACUACAGAAGAAUAAUAGUAUGAUCAGACAACUAUAUUUGGCUAUGAUGGGGCAAUUGCCAAGAGUAGAAUGGAAGAUGUUCAUGUUUGGAAAUGAAGCAAGGGCAAAAGCUAAAUUCACAAUGUGGCUAAACUUCCAAGAUAGGAUGCUAACCAGUGAUAGAUUGAACAAAUGGGGGAUGCAGGUGGAUAGGGAAUGUAUUCUGUGUAAAGUGCAUGAUGAGAACAGGAAGCAUAUCUUCAUUGAAUGUGAGUAUGCUAAGAGUGUUUGGACAAAACUGCUAAAAUGGAUGCAGAGACAACUAAUCUGGGCAACCUCAUGGGACCAACACUGGAAAUGGGCUGCGGAGAAUGCAACAGGGAAAUCAAGCAAGGCAGGAGUAUUCAGGAUGGUGUAG